AUGGCCAGAUUUGGGAACAACAAUGAGUUUCAGCGGAAAUAUCCUUCGGAAGUGAACCUGUUGACGAUUAUAACGCUGUCCCGUGGAAAGUCCGGUCUCUCCAGAUGUAUCACUCGCUACCUGGUGGCUAUGGCGACGGCGGACCUCUCGGUGAUUGUCUGCAAGGUGACUUUGCACCAGAUUGCUGCAGUGUACUGGUGGGACUCUUUCUUGUUCUACACUCCCCUGUGCAAGUUAAUUCUCUUCCUAUCGACCGCGACUGUCGACUGUUCUGUUUGGUUCACAGUCGCUUUCACAUUUGAUCGAUGUGUAGCAAUUUCCACACAGAAACUGGCAAGAAAAUACUGCACCGAGAGAACAGCGCUGGUGGUUCUUGUGACACUGAGUGCGAUCUUCUGUUUUAAGAACAUUCCCUGGCCUUUUGCCUACGUUAGUUACUUCAUUCGCAAAAAUAUUUCGUGGGGUUGUCUUAUACUACAGAUAUUUUAUGCUCUUCCGGAAUGGGUUGCAUUUUCUUGGACUGACCAGCUGCUAACCCCAGUGAUUCCGUUCUGUUUAAUUGUAUUGCUCAAUGCGCUGACCGUCAGGCGCAUUUUGGUCUCUAAUCGGGUGCGCAAGAGUCUCCGAGAGUCCAGCAGCGAGGAUCCCGAGAUGGUGAACCGUAGGAGGUCCAUCAUUUUGCUGCUCGCCAUCUCCGGCACUUUUAUUCUACUCUGGGCCACAAGUGUUGCAUAUUUUAUUUACUACCGUGCGCAAGAUUCAUUUCUAAUCAGAGGUUACAUCAGACGGUAUACAAAGUUUGAACGUUCAGCGACUAUGCUUCAGAUGCUCAGCUGCUGCUCAAACACGUUCAUUUACACCGCGACCCAGAGACAGUUCAGAAAGGACCUGUUCUACAUGCUCAAAUACCCGUUCACUCGAAUUAUAUCUUCAGUCAAAUAA